GUGGCAUCAGAUUCGUUGACCUACUCUCCCCUCGACCACAUCCAACCCCUCUCUCGUCCUUCCCCCUCGUCGAAGGAGAGAGAGAGAGAGAGAGAGAGAGAGAAACCCCAUCGAAGCAGACACGCAAGGGAGAUAUGGGGAACAGCCUCUUCCGCUUCUUCUGCGGCAAAUCCUCCGAGUCAACGCCCAACGAUAAACACCAAUCUUUGGGGCCUCAUGGCGUCACCGGCGCCACCGUCGGCGUCUCCGCCCUGGCCCGUGAUAUCUUACACUUCGAAAUCACGUCUCAGGUUCCGGAAGCACUGAGCCAAUCUGUAGUCUCUUCCAAGAAGGCACAGGCUAAUUGGUACAGGAAACUGCUAGUUGCAUGGAGAGAAGCCAAGCCACCACCAACAACACCAGAAGAAGCAUCCAGACUCGUGAUCCGAACCUUGAAGAGGCACCAAAAGGCAGAUGUUGAGGGUCUCUUGGCUUAUUAUGGUCUUCCACUCCGGAACACUCUGCCGGAGAUCCCAGCUGCUCAAUCUUCUAAGCCGGAGGGAGCGAAGGACGAGCUACAAACACUUCCUGUGGAUGCCAAAGCUGUAGCAGAUGGCGACACCAUCACUGUGUACGUAGACACAGCUGAUCCAAGAGAGUCUGCCAAAGUCCCUAGAGGCGUGCACGAGGCAGCCAUCGAGAGGGCAAGAGCUCGCGCUGUGAAGGAUUACAAGAAGGCGGAUGCGCUUCAAAAGGUCAUUACUGAUGCAGGUUACAGGGUAAUCGCUGGGCCAAACAAUGAGGAGAUUCUUGCUCGGAAGUAUCGAAUUAGGCUAAGGGGAAUCGAUGCACCGGAGAGCUCCAUGCCCUUUGGGAAGGAGGCUAAGGAGGAACUGGUGAAACUGGUACAAGGGAAGCGUCUCAAGGUCUACGCUUUCGGAGAUGAUCGAUACGGUCGCUGCGUGGGAGACAUUUACUGCAAUGGCGUCUAUGUUCAAGAGCAGAUGCUGAAGCGGGGGCUUGCAUGGCACUACGUCGGCUACGACAAACGUCCGGAGCUUGCAAGGUGGGAGAAAGAUGCACGAGCUGCUCGCGUUGGCCUGUGGGCUUCUUCCCACCCUGAGAAGCCAUGGGAAUGGAGAAAAGCGAGACGUAAUGGAGCAUGAAGGGCAAAAACAGAAAAGGCUAUAAGAUACAGAGGACGUUUCGUUCUUCAAUCUCCUGGAAACGGGGAAGACAUUAUUUGUGCUCAGUGAAUAUUAGGUGUUGGGUCUGAGAAAUUUCUGUAUCAUUUAUGUUGGAUAUAAUUGUUUGUAAUGAUUUAGAUUAUCCCAAAUAGUUGUUAUCAUUGUUGGGAGUGAUUCUAUAAUAUCUUCAAAUUCAACUUACA